UACAUUUUAGACUGAUUAUAAAGCCCUUUUCAAUAAUUUACGAAUAGACUAUUUCAAUACUGAAUUGGCCGCUUCUAACUUUUCUUUCAAAUUAUUCAAGUUUAACCGAACGCAAUUUGCCAUGAAUGCAUCCAUUUGGAUAUUGCAAGAUGUUGAUGGAAGAAAAAUCGUGAGUUUCACAAAACUGUAUUUAUUCCUGAGUAACUCUUUCAAGUUCUCAGGAAUACAAAUUAAGGUUCCAAAUGUUUGUAAAAUGUGGAAAGAUGAUUUGUAUGGAAUCAGAACUGCUAUGAGAAAAUGUGGCGAUGUUGAUCUAUGCAAUAUAAAAAAAGGUUUGUGGCAUCUAGACAACUGUUGGCCCCUAGAGAGUAAGUACUAUCCAAAGCGUAUGCCACCAGGUUUGUACAAACUUAGCAUGGAAUCUAAAUUGCUUGAUGGCACCCCUCUGGUAACGCUGGCCUGGUAUGCAAAAGUCAGUUUAUACUUUAAACAAAUGAAAAGUAAUAGUAGCUUUGGCGGUUAAUUUGUUGGAUCCAUUUCUUUUGUAUGAUUUCAUUCACGGAAUUAAACAUAUUUUUUUUAUCCAUGGAAAAGUUUAAUUAUGUGUUUGUGUAUUAGAUGUUCUUUAAUUAUUAGUUG